AUGAUGGAUGACGUCAAUGACUUUUCGGGGCAGGACCCUGGCACCCAUCUCACGCUCGAAUUGCGUGGUACACGCUUUACUAUUGAGCGCGAAACCAUGAUGAACUUGCCCGAGUCGGUGCUGCUGUGCCUCUUCCCCAACGGUCUCAUCCUCACCCGUCAGCCUCGCGUCCCGUCGCUGAUGGAUCAGGAUGGCGAAGAGGACGAAGAGGAGCUGUACUUGGUCGACUUUGAUCCGCAGUGUCUCUCGUAUGUCCUCAGCUUCUUCAAAACUGCGCAAGACGAGUUCUACGGCACAAGCGAGCUUUCUGGCAAGUAUAGGCCCAGUUCAUCCUACGGCAACAACUCUGGUCUCUACCAUUAUGCUCAGGCGUCGGGAGAGGGUGUCGAUGUUAACCAGGCCGGCAUGUCGCAGAUCCCAUUGAUGAACAAACAACCCAUCAUUGUCUUGCGCGAGGAGCUCGAGUACUUUGCCAUCCCACCAAAGACUGCUGCCGCUGCCCCUGGCGGCGCGGCGUUAGGUGUUGUCGACCCAGAGACGUUUGAGGGCACCGAUCCGUCCACAGGUCACCCAACUUCGGCGCUUUUCCGACUCAAGUAUGCAUGCGGAGAUGCUUUGCUCGACCGCAAGCAGAUCUUUACUGCUUUGCAACGAAAUGUCAACAAGGAGAACAACUUGGCCGAACAGCACCUCAUUGAUAUGCUGUGCAUGAGCGGCUUCGAUCGCGAGGACACGUGGGGUUUUCGAGCGCUCGAACCGAAUCGCUGCUGUAUAACCUCGAUUGCGCUCGUAUUGCUCAAGACAGGCAUCACACAUGCAGGCGAGCUCGAGGCAGAAGGCAUUCAUCUGGACUCCUUGAAUGCAGCCGAGUACCACGAUCCCAGUGGUCAGACGAGCAUGAUGCACAACAUCCGCGUUGACCACCAGCAGUUUGCAACCGCGCAGAAACUGCUCCUCUUUUGGCGCAAGCCCGCCAGGAAGUGCUGGUGGGAUGGUAUUGACAUUGUCCUGCCUGCGUCGAGUCCAGAAUCGGCACACCCUUUUGAGCCAGAAGACCUGAACGACGCAAGCUUGACGGCGAAGGAGGUCGAGUUGCUCAAGUCAGGAAAGGGCAGAAAGGUACGAGUUUGGGCCCGAAGAGUGUGGACAUUGGAGCUCAGCUUGAUCUGA